UCGUUUUUCGUGGCAAGAGGAGGAGAAUUGUGAAUUACUUUCUGUUGCAUUAUUUAAACAAUUUGUUUUUACGACUUUAUUUGGGUAUUCCCCAUUACAUCUGGAAACUUCAACAGCAACAACGAUCGAUAUAAGUAAACUAACAAGAGAUUUAUUGUAUUUAAAGUGACUUGUAAAAAUUGUUUGGAGGCUUGCUGCUACAGUUAAUUAAUUUGCAAUGUCUAACGCCACCACUACCACCACCACUACCACCGCCCCCACUGCAAAGCAACAAGAAUUGAAGCAUAUCGCUUCGAUUGUUCGUGCUUUGAUCACAUCGACCAAGCCACCGUGUUAUCUAAAAGAUAUUUUACGCGAAUAUAAUGAAGUAGAGAGCAAACAGCUGCCAUACAAAAGUCUUGGCUACAAGACAGCCCAAGAGCUUUUGGAAGAUACUGGAGAGUUUUUGUUCAAUGGCAGCCGAGGCAGUGGAGACACCAUAAUCACCGCGAAAUUCAAUUCGAAAACUGCUCAUAUUGCUUCUAUGGUCAGAGCUCAAAAACCAAGCAAAUCGACACGUAUUGCUCCGGUGAAGGCUAUGAAACAACCCCCCCGAAUGCCUGCUCAUAGAUCGAACGGAUUUGCUGGUGGUGAUCGCAAUAACAACAACAACAACAAUAGCAAUAGCAACAGCAGCAAUUACGGCAAUCGAAACAGUGGCAACAGCAAUCAAUCGGCGCAUCAGCAAUUGCAAAGGCAAAAAUCACAGGGUGCCAAUAGCAACAGCAUCAGUAGCAGCAGCAACAGCAACAGCCAGCCAAUCGAUUUACGUGAUAUGUUGAAUUCCAAGAAGAAUCAACGGAUUCAAACGCAACACUCGGCCAAUGAGCAAAACAAAUCGCAACAAAAGAACUCACAAAACGACAACCAAUCGCCACAAACUGCUGCUGGGCCAAGGCCCAUAUUAGGAGCCUCAAAGCCCUCGGUUCAAACGGACAAUAAAAAGUCGUUGUCCUCCUCCUCUACUUCAUCGUCAUCGUCCAUGCAGUCUCAAAAAAAUACUAGCAGCAACAAGCCACAGACGACCCCGGCUCAGCAGGUUGGACAGAAACCACAACAUCGGCUAAAUGUCAAUCAGAACAAUCAGCAACAGUCGGCACAGGUUCAAGCUCCCAUGGCCAGGCCACAAAAAACCCCAGCCCAGCAGCAAAACACUCCCAUUUACCUGCCAUCAAAUAAUUUGACUGCUAGACUGCAGCAACAGACCUUAAUUCACCAACAACAUCAGCAGCAACAGCAGCAGAUUAAAGCACAGGCCACUAUUCCAAAAGCUCUCAAUGAAGGCGAUGUGCCACUAAAACCUGUAGCCAUGGGAGGCGGUUUGCAACAUCGCCUUAAAGUGGUCAACCAAGUAGCGGCAUUUCCAACACAGCACAAACAGCCUCCAUUUCAACAUGCCAAAGUUGAUGCAAUUAGUGCAUUAAUACAAUUUUGUCGUUACAAAAAACUCCCUCCUCCUCGCUUCAAUUGUAUUAAGGCCAAAUUUUUCGGUGGAAGAUACACGUGUCGUGUAGAAGUGAAUGACAUCAUAUUCUCCACAUAUCCACAUCAAUAUGAGACUGAGUAUUUGGCAAAAGAGGCCUGUGCCAUACAGGCCUUGGACAAACUGCAAAUGCAAGAGAAGAAACGGCCCAUGCCGCCUUGUUCCUUUACCAGCACCGAGUUGUUGGAUAAACUGUACACAGAGUUGUUGAAAUUUCCGCAUGGAGUAUUUGCCAAAAAUUUCCCGGAAUGGUUUGAGACUAACUUCCAACAAACAAUACCCGAAGAUUGGUUUGGGCUAAUACAAACAUCCAGUUUGUUCACCAUAGACACUGCACUAACCAAGGCCAUUAUAUUUGCCAACAAAGAUGCCGAUAAGGAUAUUACACCUCUGGGCGCUGAAGACAAAACAAAAGUCAUACAAAUCGAUCCCAUAUGUCUUCCUUGGUCCGACGAAUAUUGGUCCAUUUUUAUAACUCAUUGCAACUCAACGGUGGAGGUGUGGGGUCGUUUAUUUGGUGCGGAUUACAGUGGGCGCUAUAGUGCCCUGCUAAAUGACAUAGAGGUUUACAUGGCCAAUAAAAAGGAACGCCCUGUUUCGAUUACACGCAAAAACAUAUAUCUGGUUAGUAUCAACGAUUGUUGGCAUCGUAUUCGAGUGGAGGAGCUUGACAAGUCCAAGGCCAGUUGCUUGUGCUUCUUCAUUGAUUUUGGCGAUGCUGAUUGGUUACCGGUGGAGCAAUUGUUUAUUUGCGAAACUCAUUUCCUGCGGCUACCAGCCCAAGCUGUGCCAUUUUCCUUGUAUGGCCUUGAAGAUUUCGAAGGUAAUCCAGCGGGACGCAAAUGUCUGGAAGAUCUGUUGGCCACAAAGUCUGCAGUUGGCAAAGUUUUCACCAAAGAGAGUGAAUUCUACGACACCAACUCAAAAUGCCAUGGUAAAAUACAGGUGGUACUCUUCGACACCUCUACCCAAGAGGACAUCAAUCUCAAUCAGCAGCUAUCCAAUAUGAUUUGCAAUGAAACGUUACCGCCGGAGAUUAAUAAAAAUACGGUCACCAAUACCUUUGUGUCGCAUGUCAGUGACAAUGGUGAUAUAUUUGUGCAAAUUAAAAGUCCUGAGCUGAAAUAUGUCCAAAUGCUCUUGCAACAAAUAAUCGAAACACGUCUGAAUCGUGACCAGCACAAGGUGACAUUCGAGGACUUGAAACGUUCCAAUAUGUUUUUAAUUUGCGAUGAUGAAGAUGCCAACGAUGUCAAAUGGUACCGUGGAUCUGUGGUCGGUGCCAAGACCAUUAAGGAGGAUAGCAACAAUUACCCAAUGUAUUACGUGGACAAGGGCAUAACCAAAUCUGUGGAUAUUUCCAAAAUAUUCCUCUUGGAAAGCUUAAGCUUGGCUUUGAGUAAAUUCCCCGAGCAGGCCAUUAAGGUGCGUUUGCAUAAUAUUCCAGAAAUAUCGAAACAUAUUGUUGGACGCAUUCGCGGACUUUUGCCCAAGGAUUGUGAAGUGCUGACAAAAAUGGCUAUUCCUGGUCCGGUGCCCCAGGUUACAAUACACACACGCCUAGAAGGUCCCGGUAUUUUGGUCACCAUCAACGAUGUCAUACGCAAUGAGCACGAACUGAUGGGUGCUGAUAUGCUACCUGGUCCCAACAAUUCCACCGACGGCGAGGAAGACGAUUCCAUUUCGAAAUUCCGCUUGGACUUUUCCAAGAGCAGUCAAGAUAAUUCCAGUUCCACCAGCCUGGCUUCUCCGAAAACCCCGACAAGUAAUUCGUUUAUUGACAUUACGCGAGGACUAACUCUAACCACUGUGCCUGGUUCACCGCAAAAAGUAAGCGAUUUGCCAAAACUUAAUGAUUAUAGCAAUAUACCGGCCAUAGGGGAAUUGUUUGAAGUGCGUGUAACAAUGUCGGCCAAUCCUUCAAAUUUCACUAUACAACCCUACAAAGACUACCCAAAUUUGAGGACUCUUAUGAAAGAAUUGCAGACUUUUUGUGAGAACAGUGAUGAGUUUAUACCAACCGAUAUGGUUGAGAUUGGCCAAGCCUAUGCAGCCAAGAAUGCGGAUUCUUUCUUCCACAGGGUAACGGCUAUUAAGAAGUGCGGCGACAUGAUACAUGUACGUUUCUGUGAUUUUGGUGAUUCGGCAACUGUGGAUUCGAGUCAUUUGAAAAUAUUGCCCCUCAAGUUUCGUCAAUUACCUAAAAUGGCAAUACAAGCCAGGCUUUAUGGUAUUAAAGCUGUCAAUGGAGACUGGACCCUAGAUGAUUGUAAAUUUUUCCGUAAGCUGACUGUGGGUCAGACAUUUGUAUCUGUUAUAAAGAAUAUAAAAUAUGAUAAUGACACAACACCACCUACUCAAAUACUUGAAUUGGAACUGAUUGAUGUCACUACCGACGAGGAUAUCUUGGUACAUGAGCUAUUGUUAAACGAAAAACGAGCAAUGAAGGAAGAGUAGAAAACUUCCAUCGUUGAUAUUCGCAAAGGCAAUCUAAAACGUUUUAAAUUGCUCGAUGAAUAAGUUGAAACGCUACGCGUUGAUCGUGUUAGACUUUUUAAAGGAACAAUUUCGUUAUCUCUUUUUGUAAAAAUUAACUAUUGAAUAGUGGCUUCCAUUUCGUGGGACACAUUUCGAAAUUUCAUCACAUUCCGAAUGAACAUUUACAAUAACACUACUACUGACACACACACACACAUGCAAACAACUAUAAUUUUUCCUUUUAUGUUUCUUCACUCACAUUAAGAAUUUCAUUUUAAAUCAAAAAUAUUGAUAAUUGUUUAAAUUAUUAUCUUAUUAUUAUUCUCUUUUUGUAAGACUUGAUAUUAUCAAUUUUUUUUCGUUUUCUUAUUUAAACAAAAGAAUUCUUUUUACGAUAUUAUUUAAUUUAAUUAAAAAUUAACUAUUUUAACAAACCAAAAAUUAAAAAAAAACUCGAGCAAACAAAACUUUUUGUUUACUAACCCAAUCGAUAUAUACACAUAAAAUGUAUGUACGUGCGUAUGAAAGCUUAUGUUUCAUUAAAUGAGAAUUAUAGACAUGAAUAGAAUAUUUAACAAAAAACAAAAAAAAAAUCAAUAAAACGUACUUUAAAAGAAAACUGUGUGCAACAAUUAUAAAAAAAAAUCAUAAUAAAAAUUCGAUUUGAAAAAACUAAA